AUGUAUAUCGCAGAUACCAACAAUCAUCGUAUUGUUGGCUCGGCAUCGAAUCAACUAUCUAGUCCACAAGGCAUGAGUUUCGAUAGUUACGGAAACAUGUACAUCGUAGAUACUAACAAUAGGCGCAUUCAAAAACUUGUCGUGUCGUGUGAUAAUACGAUAUCGACAGCGAAUCCAACAACUGAACCAACUUCCCCAGAGCAAAUGACAUCGAUCAGGAAUCAUACGAGUAUUUUACCGUGUUCACUCCCAAUGAUAGUUCUUAUUCCAACUUCAUCAGCGGCGUCUUCACCUAUUCAAUUCCGUCGAAGUGAAGAUAUCUCUAUCGUAUCAAUAAUUACUUCCACCUGUAAUAAUUCAUUGUCAUUGACCACUCAAUGGACAAUCAGAAAAUGCAUUAUUACAUGCAUUUAUCAGAUACAACUGAAUUCAAGCAUUGGUACAACAUUUUCUGAAAUCUACAUUCCAAAACAAACUCUUCCAUACGGUGUGUACCAGUUGAUUUUAACCGUAACAUUAAUGAAUACUUCUUCGUCGUCGUCAUCGACUGUUUAUAUCGAAGUUGUUCCAUCGGAUAUUACAGUAAAUCUGAUCUCCUAUGGUACGUCAAUGAUUACACAAGGAUACAAUCAAGACAUUCAAUUCGAUCCUGGACAGUAUUCGAUUGAUCCAGACGAAAAGAUUUUCAACUUAUUUAAUUGGGAAUAUAGAUAUUACUGUCGAAUUUAUGGUUUAUACGAAUACCCAAAUCUGAAUAACUCCUUAUUGACAGUCGAUGAUCUAAGGAUUGAUCCGUACAAUCCGUCUUGUUUAUCCAAUCGUACAGGUUUUCAGUUUUAUAAUGCAAUUCAAUCGUCACUGACAAUUCUUUCUAAUUCUUUACAAUCCAAUCGAACUUAUCAAUUUAUGGUGCGAAUAACAAAUCGACAGAAUUCUUCUCUUCAAAGCACAGGUUCACUACUUAUCAAAGUCGAACAGCUUUCAUCACCGCUGGUUCUCAUCGGUUGCGUCAUUGAAACAAUGUGUGUGUCAAAUAGUGAUGAAUUUCAACUUUUAAAUCCAACAACGCAAGUCGCUCUAUUUUCCAUUUGUGAUGGAAACUGUACAGUAAAUCUGAAUAUCACAUGGAAUGUGUAUUACGGGCAAAUGAACUCAUCAGCAAAUGUCACUCAAUGGACUUUAUUCAAUCAAACAAAUCUUUGGUUUUUCGGUAUGAAUACGACUAACUUCACUGUUACAAAUCAAUUAUUUCUAUCCAAUCCGCAAAUUGAUCUUUGGAAAUUCGAAGUUGUUUACACGUUUCUCAUGACAACAAGUUCAAGUUCAUUAAAUUUUCUUCUCAAUCAGUCACCAUCAAAUGGCUCAUGUAGGAUUCAUCCUUUCAACGGAACAAUCAGUGACUGGUUUACUAUUUCCUGUCAAAAUUGGUUUGACCAAAAUGGAAUCAAAGACUACACUCUCUACGCGUGGACAAAUAAUCCAACAGAGAGAAUGGCCAUUGCUUAUUCAUCUAUUUCAACAUAUGAAGUUCGACUGCCUAUGGGAGAUAAUCAAACAUCCUUACUUCAGUUGUCCGUUCAAAUUCGUGACCACUUAGAUUGUGUCACUGAAGUGAAUGUUUCAUCUGUUAUUGUUCGACGAGAUACAGCAGCAAUCAAUGAUUUCAUAAGCGCGAUUCAAAAUUCAUCGUCAGAACUCUCAAACAAUCAAAUAGUUCAAUUACUGGCAAGCAGAAAUCAAAAUAUCGUUGUACAAAUCUUAACUUCAAUCUCUCAACAACUGAACGAUGAGAGCGUUCAACAAAUUCUUUCGAUAGAUGGAUUAUCCACUAGCAGUAUCUCUUUCUCCUCGGUGAAUAUGCACAAUCUUGUAUUGAAUCAAUCAGUACUAACAGAAUAUCAAACACAACUAAAUUCUCGUGCAACUGCUAGAGACUAUCUCAUCACAUUUAUAACUAAACUACCUAUAACAACAUCAAAUAGUGUCAAAAUACAAUCAUCAUCCUUAUCUCAGUUAACCAAAGCCACCAAUGAGUUAACGAGAUCAACUUUAUCAAUCGCAGCAGAUCGAUGUUAUCAUUUAGCAUCGGCUUUAUAUUUAAUGAGAACGCAAAUUUCAUUUGAAGAUAUUCAAUCAGUAUCAACUGAUCUCGUUCAAUGUGCUGCAAAUCUACUAAGUGCUGUAAAUGGACCACUGCAAGAACGGACGAUGAAUUUAGAUUUAGAUUCAUCUCGUGCUAAUACAUUUCCUCAAGAUUAUGACACCGAUCUCGAUUCAGAUUGGUCCAAUCCAAAUUUGUUUGCCGAUGGCGAUGAUUUUUCAUGGGAAACAAUACAGAAGAACCGAAACGUUUAUUAUCAAAAACAAUCAUUUAAUCAGAUUGUCCAACAAGUGAAUGAACUGAUUUCAUUGAUAACUUCAUCGUUAAACACGCAUUUAAAUAUUGGACAACGUUUUCUCAUAGAUUCGUCACAGGUGUUCAUGACUUUAGAAAUCACAACACUCCAAUCGUUAACAAAUGGAUUUGUUUUACAAAUCGGGAAUGGUCAAGUUCAACUUCCUGACAAUUUCAGUUCCUUUCUCGAUAUUCUCGAUCAAAAACUCUCCAUUCGAUCAAUCAUGGAACCAUUAGCACCAUUUGGUAACUCAUCGUUGUCAUCUAGUACGAAUCUUUCUCGUUUGAUCUCAUUUUCCUUUGUCGAUCAAAAUCAAAAUGAACUUUCCAUCCGAACGAUGACCAACAAAUCCAUUGAAAUCAACAUUCCUCGCGAUCCAAAUCUGCUCAUUCCAUCAAUGAUCUUGCAAAAUGUCACAUCAAUGAACUCCACACCCCACCAUCUCAUUUAUCACUAUCAUUAUCUGAAUAUUACCUCAAACUUCCCUACAUCAAUCCAUUGGCAAAUUCAACCAUUGAGUCCAAAUGUUUCUUAUUUGUUUAUUUAUAAAUUUGAUGGAGUUCCACAGUUGAAUACGUCAAUGAAGGAAAUCGAUGGAUGGACAGUUUUCUGUUCAUCAAAUUUAAUAAAUGAGAGUAUCUAUACAUAUUUUCUUGAUAAUCAACGUACUCUUAACCAUCAAUCGAUUAUAUUUGGCUUGAGAGAAUUGAAUUCGACAGAAGUCAAUCGAACAUGUUCGUCGAACGCAUCAACAAAAUCACUUCCGAUCACGAACGAACCAUUUCAUUUCACAUCAAACUAUCAAAUGCGAAUGUAUUCAUCUGGCUGUUACUAUCUGGACGAAAAUAAUCAAUGGAAGUCCGAUGGACUAAUUGUUGGUUCAUUAACGAAUCUCUAUCAAACUCAAUGUUAUUCGAGACUUAUUUGA